GGCCCCAGCCUCCAAUGGGUCGACCCCCAUUUAUGCCCCCAGGUCCUGGUGGCCCUCCACCAGGGUUUAUGCCGAUGGGUGGCCCCACCCCGGUCACUGCCGCUGACUUGAGCAAAGGCCCCAUUAUGCCUCCAGGGGUACCUCCAGGUGUGCCUCCAGUUGUGCCUCCAGGUUUCACCCCCAGUAAUAUACCACCCCCAGGCUUCCCCCCGGGCAUGGCACCCCCGGGCAUGGGACUCCCCCCUCCUAAUUUCCCCCCGGGCCCUGUAGUGCCAGCAAUUCCCCCUCCCACAGGUGUGCCCCCUCAGGUGGCCGCUCUUCAGAAAGCCACGGGAAGGUCAAACUCUCCUGUCCUGGAGACUAAACUCGACAAGGUAUGGACAGAGCACAAGGCCCCGGAUGGCAGGACAUAUUACUAUAAUCAGCUGACAAAAGCCUCUGUGUGGGAGAAACCAGAAGGACUGAAAUCAGAAGGAGAGCGUCUGCUGUCCAAGUGUGCGUGGAAGGAGUACAAAUCUGACACUGGCAAGAUCUAUUAUCAUAAUAGCGAGCUGAAGGAAUCACGGUGGACAAAACCAAAAGAGCUGGAGGAAAUAGAAGCCAUGAUAGCAAAACAGAGAGCUGAGGAAGCCAAGAAGCCUGAAGUUGUCAACCCACUCUCUCUGAUGAACCUACCCCCAGGGUCCAUGCCUCUCCCAAUCCCGAAGCAACCUGCUCAGCCCUCCUCUGCUAUCGAGGCAGCCAUGCAGGCCACCCUGGCCUCAAUUUCCCUGCCCCCACAGACAACUACCGCUAAAGUUGCAGAGCCUGCCCCUAAAGAGGACAGCAGUGAAAGUGAAGAAGAGGAACCGCCAAAGAAGGAAGUGGUUUUGACGUUCAGGAACAAGAAGGAAGCCAUGGAAGCAUUCAAAACCUUGCUGAAGGAAAAGGAAGUGCCAUCCGCAUCAUCAUGGGAACAGGCGAUGAAACUAAUUAUAAAUGAUCCUCGUUACGGUGCAUUGAAACAUCUCAAUGAGAAAAAGCAAGCGUUCAAUGAAUACAAGACACAGAAAGCAAAGGAGGAAAAGGAGGAACAGAGACAGAAAGCUAAGCAGGCCAAGGAAGAUUUGGAGAUGUUUUUAUUAAACAGUGACAAAAUGAACUCCACAGUUAAGUACUGGAAAGCGGACGAUAUAUUCAGCGACAAUGAGAUGUGGCGGACUGUUAGCGACAGAGACAGACGAGAACUGUUCGACGAUGUCGUCCAUUUACUGGCCAAGAGGGAAAAGGAAGAGGCGAAGACCCUGCGUGAGCGUAACAUCGAGGUGUUUAAGGAGAUCCUGGACAGUAUUUUGAGCUUAACCUACAGUACGACGUGGUCGGAGGCUCAGCAGAUGCUGCUGGACAACCCACGAUUUACAGAGGACCAGGAUCUGCAGAAUAUGGAUAAGGAGGAUGCUCUGAUCUGUUUUGAGGACCACAUCCGACUUUUGGAAGCUGAAUACGAUGAUGAGAAGGAACAACAGAGGCGGAGACUAAAACGCCAGCAACGGAAAAACAGAGAAGCUUUUUGUGCACUACUAGAGGAGCUUCAUGACUGUGGGCGUCUCAACUCCAUGUCUCUAUGGAUGGAUCUCUACCCAGUGAUCAGCCAGGAUGUCCGCUUCCACAACAUGCUGGGCCAGCCAGGAUCUACACCUCUGGAUCUGUUUAAAUUUUAUGUCGAAGAUCUCAAGGCAAGAUUCCAUGAUGAGAAGAAAAUUGUGAAGGAAAUUUUGCGGGAGCGUAAUGUGUUUGUGGAGAUAAGUACAACUUACGAGGAAUUUGCCGGGGUAAUCAGCACGGACAAGAGAGCCUCAAAUCUGGAUGCUGGCAACAUCAAGCUCACAUACAACAGUCUGAUAGAGAAGGCAGAGGCUCGAGAGAAAGAAAGGCUGAAAGAGGAAGCCAGAAAGCUGAGAAAACUGGAAAGCUCAUUCAAGUCCAUGCUGAAACAGGCCUCUCCACCCAUUGAUGUCGGCUCAAAGUGGGAAGAUGUGCGGAGUCAGUUUGAGCGAGAGUCAGCGUUUGAGCUCAUCACACUGGAGUCAGAGAGAAUCCGGCUGUACAAGGAGUAUUUGAUGGCACUGGAGGAGAGUUGUAGUCAUCAUCACACCAAGAAGAAAAAGUCCAAGAAACACAAGCUAAAGAGAUCACGCUCACGCUCAAAAUCAUCUGACUCAGAAGAUGACUCAUCCCGACACAAGACAAAGAAGAAGAAGAGAUCCAGGUCCGAGUCAAGGUCACCCAGCUACAUGUCUGACUCAGAUGAAGGAGAAAAAUCCAAAAAGCACAAGAAGAAAAAGAAGAAGAAGCAUGUUUCCCGAUCUCCAUCUCGUAGUAGCGGUUCUGAGGGUGAAGACAGGUCAAGAAGCUCCCGAAGGAAAACCUCCCCAUCACCAAAGAGGGAACGAGAGAAGGGAGGCUGGGAUUCUUCUGAGAGCGAACUGAGUGAAGGAGAACUAGAGAAGAGGAGACGCCAUCUACUACAGCAGUUAGAAGCUGACUCCUGAGUCAACCUGCCUUAAGUCGCCUGUACCUGACACAUUCUAGAAAAGACGUCAUUCAUUACUGCAGCAGUUAGAAGAGCAUUGCUGCACCGGCCUAUUCCAUGUUAACUGACAAGUCCAAGCACAUGAUGCUUGGUGCUACCAGAAUUCGCCAGGAACAAAGUGACCAAUCAGAGAUGUUUUAUUGUCCAUACACCCUUAGCCAAUCAAUGUGCCUGUUAUAACUGUGGUUUGGUCUGUGGGCUGAUAGUUCCAUAAAUGCAGCAAAUUGUUACUAUUAUUCCACCAGUGAAAGUGUAUUGCUGCUCUUUUUAAAUCUCCCCGGGCGGUUCUUGUCUUUUCAUGCCAUAAAUUCCUCCAGUAAAUUAUGUCAAAUGUGCUCAUGUAUUGACCUUCAGUAAAUUAUCAUGGUCACUCCAUUUAAUAAAAUAGACAGUUUUUGUUCUCUUUGUUUGAUUUUGUCUGGGCCGCUGUGUUCAGAGAAACAUGUAUAUUUCUGAUGGCAUAAAUUUGGCGUAAAGCGGGUAGAGCGUGAUGUUAUAUUGUCGUGGUGAAUAUCUUAAAAGGCAAUAAAAAAUGUAACCUAAGUUAUUUAGGAAGAGGACUGGAAACGGCCACAGCCAUCUUUGUCUUGGUAACGCGCUUUCGAUUUUCUCAGUUCGGAGAUUUUCCUUACUUUGAACUGUAAUAUGUGGAUAAAACAACGUCACAAAAAUUAAAUGUUUGCUUUUUAUGUGGGCUACAUGUGGGACACUUUAUCGAUGCAUUUAUGUAUUUGUUUACUCUUUUAAGAAGCCAAACCUUCAC